CUCGGGGAUGUGUUUACGCAAGUGCAAAAGCACAUGGCUGCGUAGAUAUUCACACACACUGUGAUUCAGGCAGCAGUGCAACAGGUGCCACAGGGACUGUGCAGGCAGAGAAGGAAUCCAAAGAGAUUUUAAGAGAAGGACAAGGCACAUAGUCAAGAGAGGCCAAGGGAGAUAAUCCAAAGACUGGAGAGCUGGCAAAGGAGGGGCCCUUGCAGGCAUCAGGAAUAUAAAAUAUCCAAAAUAUUGCCCCAUGUGGUCAUCAGCUGCCUCCUCAAAAUCCCUUCUACACUUAGUUCAUGUCUAUUGCCCAGUCUGACACAUCUUCACCCCCAGGAAACAUGUGAUACAAGCAUUCAAAAGAAGUGUCAAUGAGUAAUGAUGUGAGCCAAGAAAGGCAAAGUCAUGGUAGAGGGAAAAGCCAACUCAUGCCAUACCAUUCCCAGAGAUGUUUCCGUUCAUUUGGGAUCAUGCAGGAAUAUCGUCACUUGCACAGCACAAGUGUGGGCCCUGAGGCACUGUGGGGCCAGGAUAAAAGGCAGCCUAACUGGUGGCUCUCUCAACCACUUCUGUCACCUCCUUCUCCUUGCGAACCAGGUGCGGCGCCAGGCUCCAGACAUGUCCUGCUCUGAGAAGUGCCAGCAGUGCCAGCCCUGCAACCCUUGCAGCCAGUCCUGCGGCCCCUGCCCGCUGGCCAGCAGCUGCAAUGAGUGCUGUGUCAGGCAGUGCCAGAGCUCCCACGUUGUCAUUGAGCCGCCUGCUGUGCUGGUGACCCUGCCUGGGCCCAUCCUCAGCUCCUUCCCACAGAACACCGCCGUGGGAUCCUCCACCUCCGCUGCUGUUGGCAGCAUCCUCAGCUCUGAGGGAGUGCCCAUCAGCUCUGGGGGCUUUGACAUCUCCUGCAUCACCAACUGCUACGGUGGCAACAGAUGUUGUCGUCCCUGCUAAAAAUGCUGCUGCCGACAUCCUUGGGCAAGAACCUCCAAGACCUCAGGACAUGCUGCUGGAAUGAAGACAAUAUAUUGUAACAUGGAAUUUUGACACUUUUGCUAUAAGUUCCUUCUUCUGCUCUCUGCUUUCCUGUCACCACCUGCCAAUGCCAUCCUAGUGGGUCUGUCCCCCCACCCCUCCUCUCCCUCUGUCCUGCAGCCUGGGCAGACACACACCCCCCACUGCAUCUUAGCGGCUGCUCCUGCUGUUCUCUUUGAGAAUCGACAUCUUUUCUUCUU